CAAAGAAGAAGAAAUACAAACUCCUCCACAUGAUAGCGCGACUGCGACAUUAAAAGCUGAUCAAAUCAAUACGUAACCGAUUCAUUUGAACUUUCACUAUGGAUGAAGAGGAAGCGGACGAAUACAAGGAGCCCUGCAAUCAGUGUUCAGCUGUGGACUGGGGCAUCUCAGACGAGGGUCGCUUCUACUGCAGGUCCUGCCACAAUGUCAUCGAGAGAACCAGAGAGGUGGUGGACAUGCCGUUUGCUGGCAACGCCAACAGAAUUUCCCGGAUCACCAGUCAAUCCGGAAUCAGGAAAACGGAGUGCGGCUACGUCUGGAUGCUGUGCGAAGGUUUCCAGUUCAUCCUGCAGAACCAGGCCGACGCUCUCCUCAGACUGGGAGUCACUCCUGGGUUUAAGGAUGACGUUUUGUGUCAGAUGUGGAGAAUUUAUCUGCAGAAGACCCAGCAGGGAUACACCAGAAACCCAAUCAGGAGUUCAAGAUUCAGAGGGGCUGCGUUGGACACGGACCUGGACAGCGCCGCGGAAUCGGUUCUGUCUGAUACUUUCACCGACUCCGGGUCGGUUCUGAACAGCUCCGCUGGCUCUAAUGCAGAGAGCUCCAGUGAUUGGCUGGGAUCGGACUACAGCAGCACAAGCACCUCGGCGUCAUUGAAAUGGAGCCGCAACCUGAUGACCAUGAAGACGACUCUGGUUCUGAUCCACCUGGCUCUGGUCUGGAGCCGCGAAGCUCUGACGCUCAGCGACCUGCUCAGGCUGGUGAAAGAAGGUCACGUCCCGUAUGUGACGGCGUACGAGGAUCUCCCAGAAGAGAUGAAGCUGCAUGGUCCCGAUGCUCUUCUUUUCCACGUUGAGAGGAUCCCGUCUCACCGCUCGGUCCAUAAAGAAGCGCAGGUUCUGGUCCAAUUACUGCAGCUUCCUGCUUUUCCUCCAGUAGUCCCAGAAGCAUUGCUCCACCCGGCGCCGCUCAGCCUGCGCUACCUGACCGACGCCAACCUCCCCGACGAGCUGCACAGGUGGGUCUGCGUCCUGAUGGACCGCGCAGGUAUGGCGGAUCCGAAGCGCCACACGUUGGACGGCGAGUCGCGUCCCGUCCUGCCGCGGUACGACCUGCAGGCCGCCGCGCUCAUCAUCGUCACCAUGAAGGUGAUGUUUGGCCUGGACGAUCACACCGAGUGGGAUUUAUCGAACAAGACUGGUUCCCAUGACAAUACAGGAGACCUGUUCAGCUUCAGGAAGUGGUACAAACUGGUUCAGGCUGCUUUCAUGGAGGCCCAGCAGAGGAGGAACCAGGACAUGGCCAGGAAACAGUGGAAAGGAAAGAAACUGUUCUUCGUGGACAAGAAAGACAGACUUUACGUGACAAAGAGGAGAAGAAUCUCAGAGAACAUCCAGAUGUGUUUAAAGAGGCUGUCUUCUUGUCCGGCGGGCGUCCAUUACGACGGUCCUUCCAGCUUCCAGUUCUGCUGGAGCGACGAGGACGGAUCCGACGGGCCCAGUCUGCACCACACCAAGUUGGAUAGCAUCGUCUCUCUGAGUAACGGAUUCAUGACUCCCUGGAACCACAACUACUGGCAUCCGCCGCUGCGACGCUGCAACCCCCGGAGUUGCACCAGUCAUUACCCCAACAUGGAGCCCACGCUGCCGCGCUCCUUCGUCUGGCUGCUGCAGCUCUUCUCCUUCAUGCUGGAUGUGGAGGCCUGGUAUCUGUUCGACGAGGUGCUGGAGGUGGAGAGGCGCGUCUUUGCCACCAGAAUGCCGCACAUUGGUCAACGUCCCGAGACCAGGAAGUGGCUCAGGACUGAGGAAACAAACACAUCGCAAAAACCCAGAAGCUGAAGAAAUGGAAUAAACAUUAGAUUUUUCUGCACAAUAGAGAUAUUUUUUCAUCAAAACCUGAAAUAUUCUACCAGAACUGAUAAAGAAAAGUGGAAAAAUG